UUUUGAUUGAUAUGACUGGGCGUCGGUUCAAAGUUCACAGGUCAGGCUGAUCUCGGAUUGUGUCUCAUUAUGUUAUAAUACAUCCGGACGGACUGCGGCAGCGGCGGCGCGGAGAAUGGUGUCCGGCCUGGGUCGCUGUUUGGCGGCUGCGGCGCUGCUGAGUUUCCUGCUGUUCCUCAGCUCUCUCUGGCUGCCUCAAGGGACAGUCCAGGGUUGUGAGGAUUCAUGGAGGCCUUGUUUGAGUGCGUACAAAUCUGCCAAACAGGUGGAUCAUGCUUCCAUUCCGGAGGAGCUUAGAGCAAGUGACUUAAUCAGGGAGUGUAACGGACAGAAGUUCCAGGUGUCCCGCCUCCUCCUGCAUCUAAACUCCGCCCUCGGCCCCGCCUCUGACGUGCUGCUGGACCCAUACCUGCUCUGCUGGGAGGAGCUGAUCAAGUUCAUGGAGGCUCUGGGUCCUCUGGUGGGAUUUUUCACUCAUAAAGUUGAAGAGAAGAUCGCGCUCAUCCGACAGCUCUCACUGGAGGAAUCCACCAGACACAGUGUUACCGCUAGCAACAGUAUGAUGUAUGGUGCUCAGCAUGAAGCCCCGCCCCCUGGCCACGCCUACCAUUCUGUGCAUUCGAUGCUGGAGGCGGAGCUGCAGAGGGGCGUGGUCUCCUUUGACCAACAGACGCCCUCUGGGAGUCGGACGUUGCUCCGCCUUCAUCGUUCAUUGCUGUGGUUACAGCUGCUGCUGGAGAAACUGGGGACUGAGCGUGAGGGGCGGAGCUUCGGUGAGCUGUGUCGCGAGGCCUACCUGGAGGUUCUGGCUCCUCAUCAUCCCUGGCUGGUGCAGCGCGCCGCUGAACUGGUGUUUCACGCAAUGCCCGACCGGAGCGUCUUCCUGCAGCUGGUGUGCGUGCGGACACAGGAAGAGGCGGAGCCUGUGAUGCGCAUUGUUGUUGCAGCGAUCCGAGAAAUUCACCAAAGGACACAGAGAGAGCUGGAGAUCAGAAACAUGCUGGACCUGCCUUAAAGGGGCAGUUCACACAAAUAUUUAAAUACGCUGUUUAUCUCAUCACCCUCUGCCACUGUAAAAAAAAAAUCUGUAAUUUUUCGGUUUAUUUCUGGCAGCUAGGGUACCGGGAAAAAAAUGAAAAUAACAGCUGUUAAAUUACAGAAACAUAGUGUAAAAUAAUGGAUAUUAAAUUACAGAAUUUUGCUUAAAUUAAAAUUUCUGGUAAAUUUCGAUGAUUUAAUAUCCGUUAUUUUACAGUAAAUUUCUGUAAUUUAACGGUUGUUAUUUUACGUUUAUUUUCGGCACUCUAGCUGCUGGAAAUAAACCAUAAAAUUACGGAUAGAUGACUUUAUAUCUUCAGUAUGGGCCUGAAGAUGGCAUACAGAAUGUUUUUUUCUCUCCAACAAGUUAUUUUUCCAUGGUUUUUCAAUGUAAACACUUGCUUGUUGGAUGUGUGUGACCGUUACUCUCGCAUCUCACAUAUUUUGAAGCGCUGUGUUUUUUUGGACACUGUGUCAAGUUGAAAGAUCUUCAACAUUCCUGUGCAGUUCAUCACUGUCAGUCCCAAAGCAGUGGACCAAUCAGAAGGUGUUGGAGGCGGGGCCAUACCUGUCAACCCUCCCGUUUUUCCCGGGAUUCUCCCGUAUUUUACAGUUCUAUCCCGCUAUCAUCCUGUAAAGGUAUUUUCCCAUAUUUCUUCCGUAAUUUCAAUCUUUCCAUGAAGGGUCGCACAACCCAUACCACCGAACCACCAGGGGCCACCCCUUGCUCUAAAAUGUGAAUCUGUACUUUCGUUUUAUUUAGACAUGAAAACACUUUGAAAUAAAAAAUAAAAACGGCA